CUGUGAGCAGACUUCAUUUGACUAAGCUGGAUAGCUCGCGGGGCAAUAAAUUUAUCUUGUAAUUAAAAAAACUCUAUAAUGGAAGAUAACAAGACAGCACAAGCUGGAGAAUAUCCAAAGUCUAAUGAAGAGAAAAAUUCUAAGAGAAAAAAUAAGAACAAAAAAAAACGAAAUGGUGGAGACGGCGAUAACCGAGGUUCAGUAUCUAAUGACGGAUUAUCUCUUUCUAAUUCGAGUGAUGUCCACCAAAACAUUUCAUUCAAAGAUUUGAAAACGGCAAUGGAAGUGUUAAACCUGCAGCAAAAACCCGCAAAAACUACUGAAGAAGCAUUGCAUAAAUCUUAUCAGUUUUGGUCAACUCAACCGGUACCAAAAUGGAAUGAGAAAAUUGAUACAAAUGAAGCAAUCGAACCACCUAAAUCUAUAGAGGAAAUUCGGUCUGAGCCUUAUACGUUACCUGAUGGUUUUCAAUGGGAUACACUAAACCUCAAUGAACCUUUAGUUCUAAAAGAAUUGUAUACACUGUUAAAUGAAAAUUAUGUUGAAGAUGAUGACUGUAUGUUUCGUUUUGACUAUCAAACUGAUUUUCUUAAAUGGGCUUUACAACCACCAGGGUGGAGAAUGGAUUGGCAUUGUGGAGUUCGUGUUGUAAAAUCGGGUAGAUUGGUUGGUUUUAUAUCUGCUAUACCAGUUAUACUUCGAAUUUAUGACCAUAUGCAAACUGUUGUAGAAAUUAACUUUUUAUGUGUUCACAAGAAGCUUCGAGCAAAACGGGUAGCUCCUGUAUUGAUAAGAGAAAUUACAAGAAGAGUAAAUUUGACAGGGGUAUUCCAAGGAGUAUAUACAGCUGGUAUUGUUUUGCCAAAACCAAUUGCUACUUGCCGUUAUUGGCAUAGAUCGUUGAACCCUAAAAAGUUAAUUGACAUAAAAUUUAGUCACCUCUCAAGAAAUAUGACAAUGCAAAGGACUCUAAAGUUAUUUAAGUUACCCGACUUACCCAAAACACCAGGUUUUCGAAAAAUGGAACCAAAAGAUUCAGAGAAAGUAGUAAAGCUUCUAAAUGAUUACUUACAAAAAUUUGACUUAGUGCCAAUUUUCUCAGAAGAAGAAUUUAAACACUGGUUUAUUCCGCAGGCUGGAAUAAUUGAUAGUUAUAUUGUUGAAGCGUCAGAUGGUUCUAUUACAGAUUUUGUUAGUUACUACACUCUGCCAUCAACUGUUGUCUAUCAUCCAGUUCACAAAACUUUAAAAGCAGCUUAUUCAUUUUACAAUGUAUCUACAAAAACACCCUGGAUUGAUUUAAUGCUUGAUGCUUUGAUUACUGCAAAAAAUUCUGGAUUUGAUGUAUUCAAUGCUCUAGAUUUAAUGGAUAAUAAAGAAUUUUUGGAACCCCUUAAGUUUGGUAUUGGUGAUGGUAAUUUGCAGUACUAUUUAUAUAAUUGGCGGUGUCCUAGCAUAACCCCAAAUAAAAUUGGAUUAGUUUUGCAGUGACUACUAUGUGAUAAAGUAUUUUAUGAAUUCAUAUUCAUAGCUUUCUUUUUGUAUUUUUCACAAUAUGUAGUAUUUUAUCAUUUGGAUAUAUAGCGAGUAUGAAAG